AUUAUUUCUUUAUUCUUUUCUUUAUUUAUAUAGAUAUUGCAUUUCUACAUUGACAAUGAGUUUGAUUAAUGAGAGUGAAUUGCGUGUAAAUCCCAUAGAACAGCAACAGGAGCAAUUAGGAACUCUCAAGAGUCUUCGUCAAAAGACACAACUUUUGGUUGAUUGCAAAGCUAGUCUCACACAGCAUACUGAAGCAUUGGAUAUCAAACAGGGAUUAUUAGAAGAAGCAACUUCUGAAAGACAGCGUCUGCAGAAGGAGAAAAAGGUGCUACUGGAAAUGAUCCACAGUGUACAAAGAGAUAUGGAGGCCGUGACAGAAAUUGAGAAAUCUCUUGGAAAAGAACGAGAUAAUUUGAAACAGACAGUUCAACGGAUACGUGAUCAAGAAUAUGAACCACUUCAUGAACAAGUCAAUGUAUUAAGGGCAGAGAAUGGGUUACAGAAAUUGCCAAGUGUAGAGCAAGAGAUAGAAGCUCAGAUGGCAAAACACUUGGAAGAUCGUCGUGAGAAAUGGCAACAGACUCCUCCUGUAGAACCUACAAACCGCAGUCGAUCUGGUAGAUGGCGUGCUUGAAAGGAUCAAUAACAAUUGUCCUAUAAAUGGCCCCCUCCUCUUUAUAUAUAUAUAUAUUGCUUGUUUGAAUAAAUGAAUAGUAAUCCUAAA